AUAGAUAGAUGUAGCUUUGGUUGGAACCUCCUGCUGGUCUGGAGGGACAUUACAUCUAACCGGAAAUGCAAUACCUUGCUACGUCUGUGCUAGGAAUGUGGCGCGAGACGCCCGGCAAGUCUGUGUACAUAAAAAAAAAGAAAAAGAAAUCAUGAAAAAAAUCAAUAACUAGUGUGUUUAGUCUUAAAUUAUUUUAGGUUUAAUAAGCUUCGAUUAUUUGUUACCACAUCAUCACAUGAAGUACUGAUUAUCAAGGAGAACAUGCCUCGCAGAAGACAGGUGAGAACAAAUAGACCUAUGGCUGGGAGUGGCUCAGAUGGAACUGAAGACUCCGACUCCUCUGCUGAAAGAGAACAAACCAACAGUUCAGAGAGUGAUGGGAACAUGUCCAAAAGACAGCGCCUCACCAGAGCUUCUACUCGCCUUAGCCAGAGCUCUCAGGAUACGCCAGACUUAAAGCGAGCUGUAGACCACGAUGAAUCUCCACCACUGACACCAACAGGAAAUGCACCCUCCUCUGAAUCUGAGCUGGAUAUCUCCAGCCCCAAUGCCUCUCAUGAUGAGAGCCAGGGCAAAGAUCAGGCCAACAGAGACUCUGAUAAAGACCUGUCUCAUCGGCCCAAACGUCGCCGCUGUCACGAAACCUACAAUUUCAACAUGAAAUGCCCAACCCCGGGCUGUAAUUCUCUUGGCCACCUCACAGGAAAACAUGAACGUCAUUUUACUGUAUCAGGGUGCCCUCUCUACCACAAUCUCUCUGCUGAUGAGUGCAAGGUGAAAGCCAUCAGCCGAGAGAAACAAGAGGAGGAGGUAAAGACACAGGAAGAAAGCAAUGCACGGCAUGCAACCCGUCACCAGACGCCAACACCGAAACAGAGUAGAUACAAGGAGCAGGUUGCGGAAAUCAGGAAGGGGCGAAAUUCUGGCCUGCAGAAGGAGCAGAAAGAAAAGCACAUGGAGCAUCGGCAGACACAUAGCAACACCAGAGAGCCUCUGCUUGAGAACAUCACAAGUGAAUAUGACCUGGAGCUGUUCAGGAAAGCCCAGGCCCGUGCAUCUGAAGACCUGGAGAAGCUUCGUAUCCAGGGUCAGAUCACCGAGGGCAGUAACAUGAUCAAAACCAUUGUGUUUGGCCGCUAUGAGCUUGACACCUGGUACCACUCCCCGUAUCCUGAGGAGUAUGCACGUCUCGGUCGGCUGUAUGUGUGCGAGUUCUGCCUGAAGUACAUGAAGAGCCAGACCAUCCUCCGGCGACAUAUGGCCAAAUGUGUGUGGAAGCAUCCUCCAGGAGAUGAGGUGUACAGAAAAGGCUCCAUAUCUGUGUUUGAAGUUGAUGGGAAAAAGAAUAAGAUCUACUGCCAGAACUUAUGUCUACUUGCCAAGCUUUUUUUGGACCACAAAACACUUUACUACGACGUGGAGCCUUUUCUCUUCUACGUCAUGACUGAGGCAGAUAACACCGGCUGUCACUUAGUGGGAUAUUUUUCCAAGGAGAAGAAUUCUUUCCUGAACUACAACGUGUCCUGCAUCCUGACGAUGCCGCAGUACAUGAGGCAGGGCUUUGGCAAGAUGCUCAUUGACUUCAGUUACUUGCUGUCCAAAGUGGAGGAGAAAGUGGGCUCCCCUGAGAGACCUCUGUCUGAUCUGGGCCUCAUCAGCUACCGUAGCUACUGGAAGGAAGUAUUACUCAGAUACAUGUGCAACUUUCAAGGCAAGGAGAUCUCCAUUAAAGAGAUCAGCCAGGAAACUGCAGUCAAUCCGGUGGACAUUGUGAGCACUCUGCAAUCUCUUCAGAUGCUGAAGUACUGGAAGGGAAAGCACUUGGUACUGAAGCGACAGGACCUGAUUGAUGAGUGGAAAGCAAAGGAGAUCAAACGAGGUAAUAGCAACAAGACCAUAGACCCUAGCUCGCUAAAAUGGACCCCUCCCAAAGGGACAUGAACACUCAGAUCCUCAGGCUACUGAGAAACUCGCCUCCAGCCUCACAAGCCACAAGUAGCCUAGACCUAUGAACUGUCAGUAAAGAUCAGUGUUCUGUUUAUUUUACAUUUUUAUCCAGUUAAUACCCCUGCAUAGCCUUGUCAUGACUUUCCUUUUUAAAACUUUAUAUUUUACUUUCAUUUAUAUUUUCCACAUCAUGCGUUCCAAGUCGAAUGAUUGUUGACUCAUUGUCACCGUAAAGCUAGUAAAUCUAUUUUGUUUUAAAGCUGCUUAUGUCUGCUUUGCUCUGAAUGUUAAACGAUAAACAAUCCAGUGUGGUGGAUAACAUGAAUGUUUUGCUUUGCUGAUACCUGCUUUUGGCAGCAUUUACAGGUCAUUUUUAUUUCAUUCAAGCUACAUGCGUUAUGAAGGUGGUUAUCGCUCUUUUUUGGAAUAAAUACAAAAAAUUGUUGGCAUGAACUGAACCGAACCAGGGUAUAUCAAUCUUUUUUUUCUUUUUUUUUCUUAGAAAAAUUCUUGUGGUAUUGUUUUCUUUGGUUGUAAAGUUGUAUAGAUUUCUUUGUAGCUUCAUUAAUACAGGAAUUGUUCCCAUUCCUCUGGUGAACCUGCCAAAAAUUAAGGAAAAAAAUGAGCUCAGAUAUUUUUAAUAAGUUUAGAAUAGAGAACAGCACCACUGUUAGGAUGCACAUAGAAAUAACACAACCUCAGGUUUUUCUACUGAUACAAUCAUACCUUGCCUGUAUGGUUUCUCUGAAACCUGGAUCUCAGUGGUUGUUGCAGAUGGAGUCACUCUGGUUAAAGAUUCUGUAAUAAACAGAAAACGUCUGAAUGGGAUUGUCUUUGCCUUGUGUUUUUAAUCAUAGCUGUCAUGUGUGUACUAGCAAUUUGAUAUUUUUCAUAUCAAUAAAGCUGACUUAAUAUUUUUAAAUAA